GCAACAAACACGAAAUUAUUAUCCGUUUCUCUCGUAUAGUUGGUUGAGAUGGACGUGUCUGGCCACAGUCUGUUCCUUCUGCAGCAGCUGAACGUCCAAAGGGAGUUUGGCUUUCUGUGUGACUGCACUGUUGCCAUUGGUAACGUAUACUUCAAGGCUCAUCGUGCAGUCCUUGCUGCCUUCUCAAACUACUUCAAAAUGAUCUUCAUCCACCAGUCCAGUGAGUGCAUCAAGAUCCAGCCCACAGAUAUUCAACCAGAUGUCUUCAGCUACCUGUUACACAUCAUGUACACAGGCAUGGGUCCCAAACAACCUGUAGACCAGGGCAGACUUCAAGAAGGUAUCAAGUUCCUCCAUGCGUACCAGCUCUGCCGCAAAACAGGUGAGGGUGGCCCCGAUGCAUCCUCUGAGCCCAUCCGUAUGUCCAACCUGUAUGGCAUCCAGAUCUCUUCACAGUUGGCCAGUAAAGAGAACUCGGGCCUGAAGGCUGGUGGUUCACGGGACCCUGAGGAUGGCCGCUCCAGCACUAGGGCCGAUCGCACACAUGGCCGUUUAGCUCUCGCUGUAGGGCUAGAGGGCAUUACGUCUGAGCGACAGCCUCAAAGCUUCCACGCCGCAUCCUCAGUGGCCUUGGGGGACGACUCUGACAUUUUGGCACGGAUCAAACAGGAAAGGGUAGAGCAGGAAGAACAACAGGAAGGCGACAAAGAGCCUUGCUCUCUCUCCCCAGCUCAGGUGAGCCCCUGUCAAGUGGGUCUAUUCAAAGAUGGUCCUCUAGCGCUUUUAUGCCCCCGGUGCGGUGAACGCUGUCUGUCGCCUGAAGGCCUACAAGAGCACCUAUUUAUCCAUGCAGCCUGUGCACUUGAGCCUAGUGGUCUGAUGGAAGGCCCUUCAGAGGACAAAACCGGGGAGCACAAGUCCCUAGAGGAGAGGCGGCCUCACAAUGAGCGCAUAGACUCUGGCAGUCUGGAGGAGGCCUUACGGCAGAGUCAGGCCCUGGCAGAUGAGCUGGCCGUGGAACUCAGGCGAGGUAGUGGGACUGGACGGAGCGGCAGCCCGUUGGCAGCCUUCACGCGAAAACGAAAGAUGGCCUGUGCCGUCUGUAACCUUCGCUUCUCGCAGAAGAGCCAGCUGCAGGAGCACAUGUUCGCACAUGUGGGCAAGCCGCUGCGAUACCAUCGCUAUAGCCGCUUCUGCGGGCAGCUGCUCCAUGGCUGUGAGGGCCAGCCAGAUAUUACCACAGCCACAGGAGAGGAGGCAGCCAAGGACACUCAGGAUAACGGCAGCUCCUGCUACUCACUGGACUCUGAGGUCUCUCAGGAGAGCGUGGACGCAGUGACUGUGGAAUGACGUAGUGUUUGACAUAAUUAUAUUCAUGCAAACACACAAUGUCUGUUAAAGGAAUAUUCUGGAUUUAG